ACAAAGAAGCAGCGAUGAUGAAUUUUUUGAUGAAAAAAAAACAAAAAUAGAUGAAGGUUUUUUUGGCUCACAAGAAAGUGAAGAGGAUAUGGGAUUUUAUUGUUGUCCUUAUAUUCUUAGAACUGAUGGGGAAUGUAACCGGGGAAGUUAUCGCCCAGAGGGUUGUAAAGUUCAUUGGGAUUCUCCUAGACAUGUACCUUGUGAAGAGUGCGGUAGGCCAACUGGCUCUGAAUAUAAGUUAUGUAUUUUACAUGCUAAAAAACAUUGA